UCUUAUGGUUAUCUUCGCCGUCCGAUCUGAGGAUGUUUUUAAUUUGAAAGUUUUUAUCGUGCAGCGAUCACAGAUUCAAGCCGCUGCAGAAAUACACCGAUGUUUUAACUUCUUUAAUAGACACAAAAUCUGUUUCUGUUCCUUCCUCUGGGGAAAUGCGCGUGUGAGUGGGUGUGUCGAGCGAGUUUAAACUUUAGGAUGAGUUAAAGUUUGAUCAUGGCCGUAUGGACCCGCCCGGAGAAACAGGGUCAUCUGGACCUGCUGCUGAGUGACCGCUGGGUCCGGGUCACCGCGGAGCUCACGCGGGACACGCUCACCCUGACGGCGGAGGGCGAACCCGGCGGGCCCGCGGGACACUCCGAGCACAGCUCUCAGUUAAGAAACGGCGUUUCCGGUGGCAACGAACAGAACCGAGAUGUUUUUCAGAGCCGCGGGCAAUACGACAGACAACGGGUCAACGGGUCCGACUCGGAGUCCAGUGGUUAUUGUGACCCGGAUGGGGUUCGGAGGGUUCGGAUAGUCAAGCAGGAGUCCGGCGGGCUGGGGAUCAGUAUUAAAGGGGGACGGGAGAACCGUAUGCCCAUCCUCAUAUCGAAGAUCUUCCCUGGUUUAGCGGCGGAUCAGAGUCGAGCCCUGCGGGUCGGCGACGCGAUCCUGUCCGUCAACAGCAGCGACCUCCGCGACGCCACGCACGACGCGGCGGUGCAGGCGCUGAAGAAGGCCGGGAAGGAGGUGACGCUGGAGGUGAAGUACAUCAGGGAGGUGUCUCCGCUCUUUAAGAAGUCCUCUGUGAGCGCGGAUCUGCCUUGGGAUGGGCGUCUGCAGUCCCCAAACCUCAGCAGCAGCGACGAGUCGCCCAAGAGCAGUGUAAGUCCUGACAGGAAGGUCAUCCCACUCAAAAUGAGCUUCAUCAGCCGAAACCUCACCAUGCCUGAUCUGGAAAGCAGGUGCGUGUGUGUGUUUGUGUGUGAGAUUUCAGAAGUAACCAGAAGCAGUAUUUUGCUGACGAGGUUGACUAUGUCUUUCUGCUAUGAAGACAACACAUUAGUUGAGAGAUAUUUGUCCUUUGCACAUGGAAAUGGUGUCUGUGUGCAGCUGGAGCUGGAUGGUGGGCGGCAUCAGAACAGACGAGUGCUCAUGGCGCUCACAGAGAAAGAUCUCCUGCUGUUCCAGUCGGUGCCAUGGACGCAUGAGAGCUGGACCUCUCCUCUACUGACACACCCGCUGCUCGCUACACGGCUGGUUCACUCGGGCAGCGUGCGCAGCUCUCCGGCUCUGGGUGGAAAUCUGGUGUUCGCCACACGAACAGGCACCGGCCGAGGCAUCGAGUCUCAUGUGUUUCGUGUGGAAACACACUGGGAUCUGUCCACAUGGACACGCGCGCUGGUGCAGGGCGGACAUCUGGCUGCUGAGCUCAUCAAAGAGGUUUCCAUAGGCUGUGUGUUGAACAGACAAGACGUGCGGCUGAUCCUGCACUAUGACAGAGGGUUCACUGUGAAGCGGGAAUCUGGUGAAUCCGUGCUCUUUCACUUCCCCUAUGAGCGGCUCAAGAUGUCUGCAGACGAUGGAGUCAGGAACCUCUACCUGGACUUUGGUGCUCCAGAGGGCGAGAUGGUGUUUGAGCUUCACUCGGGGCCGAAGCCUGUGGUCUUUGUGCUUCAUUCGUUUCUCUCAGCCAAACUGUCUCGCUUGGGACUGCUCACGUAGAAUCAACAGCAAAUGAUGGAGGUUAAUUUAUUUCUUUGAUUUAUUGACGGCUAGUAUUUUACUCAAGCAGUGUUUUCAUAGUUUACUUCUCUUCUAGCCAACACAUUUGUUGUGUGAGUGUGUGGCUUUCUAAAGCAGAAAACAAUCCCAGUUUCCUCUGAUCAGGAACACCAGAUGUGCCUUCUCAUCUAGAGCCAACAAGCUUUUACACUAAUUUUCAGGCUUAAGGUAAAGCUUUGCAGAGUAACCAAAAUGAACAUAUUACUCUUGUAUUAUCUGUGCUGUUUGUUUUUCACGUAACUCGCCUGUAUUUAUGUUUAUAUGUAUCGCAUGGCAAAGACUGUUACCUCUGUGUGUUAUAAUCUGAAUGAAUGUGUGUCAUUUGAAUGCAAAUAUGGAGAAAAUGAAGCUUUAAAUACAUUCCCUCACGAUUGAAGUUAAAACUCUAGAAGGUGUUGAAUAGGAUUGAUUCAGUUUAACUAAAAUUUUGAAAAAAUAUCAAAUAUAGGAAUGUUUUAUUAGUUUAUUUGUUCUCUACAUGUCAUAAGAAAA